CAGUAGCGGCAAACAGUGGGCAGAGGAAUUUUGGGCAGGGUCAGAAAUUCCACAAUCGUGGCACCGUUGUUCUCAGGAAUAAAAGCGCCCAAUGUGAGAAAAUUGAACAGUCUGUAAGAAGACCUCGACAGGGAAGGACGUGUUUGUGUGUGGUGGAAGAUUUGUGGCUCCGAAAAUGGCGGGAUUUGUGCUAAACGUCGUCUGUGCAGGGCUGUUGGCGGUUGUAGUUUACGGCGCUGCAGUACCUACCAAAAACAAAUUCGACAAUGAGAAACCCAUGAGCUCAGCUCAAAAGGUUGAACUACUGAAAGAGCAGCUGGAAGAGCUACAGAAAAACCUGUACAAGUUGUCUGACACGUUCUCCGACGAGCAAGAAGAGCAAUCGGCUCCAGAAACUGAACCCACACAGCUUCCAGACAAGAAACCCACGACAAAACCACAGACGGAUCCGUCAGCUGAAUUAGAGGUCAAAAACUAUGUCGACUCACUGGCGGCCUCUUUAGACACACCUCGGGAACGAGAGCGCGGCUCUGGGAACGUGCUGACCCAAGAGGACGUGGAGUUCUUACAGGAACUCAAAAGCUUUUUCAAGAAGAAGGCUACCAAAAUGGUCCAGGAGACAAAGGAAGAAACCGAAGACCCAGACCUUACGGCGCUAGCCAACAUCCUGUCGUCCAACACACGAACAGUAGUGGACACCCUGCCGCAGGAGACCGAGUAUUUCAUGGAGGGAGGGAAGUUCAUGGACCGGCCGUACAACCUGGACGAACUGGGGGACCCAAAUGAUGUAUCGAAGAAAGACAUCCAACCCUCUGAGACAAAGGCUGCCAUCAGGACACAUUCUGCGGAGCAAGAGUCUAAGAACGAGGUCGAAGAAGUCAUUGCAGACCGUCUGCAGGCUGAUCUGCGCGAGGCAGCACGGGAAGGCAUGACGUUGGAGGCGCUCCUCAAGCAGAUGAAGGAGGACACCGAAAGACUGAACGAGGAGAGCCGUCGGCAGGCCCUCCAGCUGCAGGGGAAGCGGGAACCCCGGGCACGGGGCGGGGAAGACAGCCUCAUCAGGCUAGCCGAGGGGAAACUCGUCAUGUGAUCAGCAAUCCACAAACUCAAACUUUACCUGAUACACUUGAAAAGAAAUCGGAAGCUGUAAUAUUUGACAAGUUUUAU